AUGGGCUUCGAAAAAUUCGAUCGAUAGUGACAAUAGCAGAAAAUAGUGGCGGUGAAAAUUGCUGAAAUUCCUUUCUUUUAUGCGUCUUAUGAGAAUAAAACGGAGGAGCUCGUAGCAUAAGGUGGCUGUAUUCGGUCAACAAGAUACCAGAUCGUGUGAUCGUGUAAUAAUUUUUAUGUGACACGUUAUUCUCGCCAAUUUCAUCAAUCAACGUUACUUUUGCACACAUAUGUGUUCCGCUUAACCAUUAAACGAAUUUUACUCCUUUCACAUUAUUUUCUCACAUCGUAUUGCUGCUAAACUAAAUGCGAUCGACACAUGCGGCUGCUGCAAAUUCUAUGAAGAGCUGUUGAGCGGAAUCUCGUUGUUGGUUACAACACGCAGUCACAGGCGAGUAGCAAAGUCGCUGAUGUUGUGACAAUUGUAACCUGUUUUGACGGCAGCCUGGGAAGUUUGGCACGAGUGUAUCAAGCGUGUUCAACGAAAAUGAGUUCAAAUCAUCAUCUGAAUUCAUCGUCCGGCGAGAUAAAUCACAUUCAUUUUGUCUCUGAGGAUAUCGAGGCUUUGUACCUGUCUGAGGAAUAUGCAGACGUAACUCUAGUAGUGGCAGGUCAAAAAUUUCGUUGCCACAAGCUUAUUCUUGCCGCACGUAGCGAAUACUUUCGUGCUUUGUUGUUCGGAGGCAUGAAGGAGUCGACCCAGAGUGAAAUAGAAUUAACUGUAUCUUCAUUGCACGCUUUCAAAGGCUUGCUCAAGUACAUUUAUACCGGCCGGAUGUCUCUCACUAACGAGCGGGAUGAGGUCAUUCUUGAUAUCCUAGCUUUAGCGCAUUUAUAUGGAUUUAUGGAUUUAGAAUCAGCUAUAUCUGAUUACCUUAAAGAGAUAUUAAGCAUAAAGAAUAUAUGUUCAAUUCUCGAUACUGCAUUUUUAUAUCAUAUGGAAUUUCUAACUAAUGUUUGUUUCGAAUACAUGGAUGUGCAUGCAUCCGAAGUUGUACAACAUGAGAGUUUUCUACAUUUGAGUUCAGCUGCUCUAACUGAAUUGAUUUCCAGAGAUUCCUUCUGUGCGCCAGAAAUAGAAAUUUUUUCAGCUAUACGAUCAUGGGUUAAUAACAACCCUGAUGUUGAUUCAACCGAAGUACUAGCUCAACUCAGAUUGAGUCUGAUUCCAUUGUCGGAUCUUUUAAGUGUAGUAAGACCGUCUCAAUUAAUAUCGCCAGACGCACUGUUAGAUGCAAUCGCUGUACAGACGCAAACACCUGAUUCGGAACUUCCGUAUCGUGGCCAUUUGCUCAUCGACGAAAAUGUUGCUGACUCGUCUCUUGAUGCUCAAGUAUUACAAGGAGAAAUGCGUAGUUACUUACUUAAUGGUGAUGUUCACAAUUAUGAUAUGGAACGUGGUUACACAAGGCAUACCAUAUCUAACACAGAAGAGUAUGGAAUUCUUAUUAAAUUAGGAUCACAGUAUAUUAUAAAUCAUAUAAAAAUGUUACUAUGGGAUUUAGAUUUGCGAUCUUAUUCUUAUUAUAUAGAGGGAUCUAUGAAUCAAAAGGAUUGGGUCAUGCUUGUCAAUUACAAAGAUUACUAUUGUCGCAGUUGGCAGUAUUUAUAUUUUGAACCAAGAGUAGUGCUUUAUAUUCGUAUUGUAGGAACAAAUAAUACAGUAAAUAAG